AUGUCGUGGAGGGGGUAUCAAAACAGCGUGAAUGGCGGCGGGAGCGGCGGCGGCGGUGGAUGGAACGGAUCGGCUAUUCCUCCACCUUCGUUUAAUCCGUCCGCGCCUCCGGCUAAUACAUCUGCGCCGGUGUGCUAUAGCUUCCUCUCCCCGGACGGAUGCCGGUUUGGCCACCGCUGCCGUUUCUCCCACUCCGCGCCUCCCCAAUCCCUCCCCGCAUUUCCGCCUACCCACUCCGCGCUCCCCCCUUCUCACUCCGCGCUUCCCCAAUCCACCUCCGCGUUUCCCCCAACCAACUCCGCGCUUCCCCACUCCCUCUCCGCUUUCCCCCCUUCUCACUCCGCGCUUCCCCAACCCCCUUUCGCGUUUCUCCCUAACCACUCCGCGCUUCCCCAAUCCAUCUCCGCGUUUCCCCCUUCUCACUCCGCGCCCAUCCCCUCCCCGUUUUUCGGUUCGGCAGCGGAGCAGGAGGGGGAGGAAGGGGCGGAGGAGAGGGGGGAAGAGGAAAACAGGACGGAAGAGGAGGAGGGCAAAGGGGACAGGGUGUAUGGAGAGAAAGAGAAGGAGGGGGGAGAUGGGGAGGAGGGCGAGGGGGAGAAAGAGGGAGAGGAGGAUGGGGGGGAGGAAGAGAGGGAGGAAGAGAAGGGACCAAAGGCAGUUGGGAUUCUGGCAGAGGCUGACUCACAGAGAGACGCGCAUGCAGGCGUGCAUAGAGAGGCACAUACCGACACACGUAGAGAGGGGCAUGCAGGGGGCGCGCAUGCAGGGGGCGCGCAGGCAGGGGGCGAGCGUGUGAGAGUGAGUGUGAUGAGCUACAACGUGUUGGCGUCCUGCCACGCUGCCAAGUUCGCACGUGAGCUGUACCCCGGGGUGCCCAAAGGCGUGCUGCACUGGAACCAGCGGAGGCACGGGAUCGUGAAGGAGAUCAAGCAGCACUCGCCUGAUCUUAUCUGCUUACAGGAGGUGGAUAGCCAUGCGGAUCUGUGUGGAGCGAUGAACAAGCUGGGCUAUGACAGUAUCUUCCAGUGUCGCACGGGAGCCAACAAGGAUGGCUGCGCUAACUUCUGGAAUACCAAGAGGGGCCUCAAAGAUAUACCCCCAAUGUUUCCCUCAUCUCCCCCUCCUCUCCCCUCCUCUUCCAUCCUCUCCCCUCCUCUUCCAUCCUCUCCCCUCCUCUUCCAUCCUCUCCCCUCCUCUUCCAUCCUCUCCCCUCCUCUUCCAUCCUCUCCCCUCCUCUUCCAUCCUCUCCCCUCCUCUUCCAUCCUCUCCCCUCCUCUUCCAUCCUCUCCCCUCCUCUUCCGGCAUGCACAUCGCAGGUGGUCCUGUGUUGACUUCCAGUCCAUCGAGUUUGCAGCUGUGGGGCUGAGAGACAAUGUUCCGUUCUCAAGGUACCUACCAUGA